CUAGGGAAAUAGCAUGUUGCGCAUGCGCCUGUGGAAGAGGAACCGGAGAGUAGCGACUGAAGGCGAAACCGUGCGCGUCCCCGUGCACUAAGCGGGAGCGCGCAGUUCAAUUAUCGGUGGUAUUGCAGAUUUUGGGGGUCCUGGAGCUCACCCAUGUAACAUAGUGAAGAAUGGCAAACGCAGAGGUGACGGUCCCCAUGGGGGACGUGGUGGUAAUUCCUAGUGAGUGCACAGACGGUGAGGAUCCUGAAGACACCAAAACCCAGGUCAUAUUGCAGUUGCAACCCAUCCCCCAUGGAAUGUAUGGAGAAAUGUCUGAUACCAAUGCUGCUGUUGUAUCUUUGGAAACACACACCUUGAAAAUGGGGGACUCUCUUGAGGGUGGCACAGUUGAACUCGGUGAUGACAUUGACAUUGCAUACCCUAUUACUUGUGGGGAUAGCAAGGCUGUUUUACUUUGGAAGAAAUUUGUGUGUCCAGGAAUUAACGUCAAAUGUGUUAAGUUUAACGAUCAACUUAUAAGUCCCAAGCACUUUGUUCAUCUGGCUGGGAAAUCUACCCUUAAGGACUGGAAGAGAGCCAUUCGCCUUGGAGGAAUCAUGUUGAGGAAGAUGAUGGAUUCAGGGCAGAUGGAUUUCUACCAGCACGACAAGGUCUGCACCAACACAUGUAGGAGCACAAAGUUUGACCUGCUGAUCAGUAGUGCCCGUGCACCCGUACCAGGGCAAAGCAGUGUGGUACAGACUCCAACAACAGUAGACGGCAACUUUUCUGUGACUAUGGCAGAGGAGACAGUGGAGGACAGUACUAUUGAGUGGGGUCCAGGUCUCACUGCAACUGUGCAGAUGAACAGGGAAGAGCAGACCAAGAAAGAGGGGGAAGAAAUAUCAGAGGAAACCUUGCUGUUCUGGAAAGGUAUUGCUGAUGUGGGCCUAAUGGAUGAAAUUAUUAGCAGGAUUCAGAAUGAGAUUGAGGAACUUCUAGUUGGAGUCCAGCAGCGAUCAGGACAGACAUCUUUUCAACUGACAGAUGCCACAGUGCUCAGUAACAUCGCUCACAGCUUUGGGCUGCUUGAUUCUGUAAAGAAAGUCCUUGAACAAAAGAAGAGUCAUACAGAUCAGAGUGAGGAACAGUAUCACUAUACUCUGGCAGAGCUGGAGCGUCAGUUAGAGGAGCAGAGGAAGCAGGAAAAUAAUCGUUCACCAUUCCUGCAAAACAUAGUCCUCAUGCCUGUAGGCAACCCCAAACCUCCAAAGAGACCUCGCCUUCAACGUCCAGCUUCUGCAGGAUCACUGGCAGCACCUUCUCCUCAGCCCCAUUACACCGUUCUGUCACCUCUCACCCUGGCGCCCAUGGGACAACAGUUCACUUUGGGUGGCCUGCGUUACACUACAGUGCUGGGCAAGUCGGGAAAUGGCGAUGCCUUGGCUGUCCUAACCACAGAAAUGCAGGAUCAAGGUGAUUUGUCAGAGAUGAUGAACCCUGUGGAACUAGUAGCCAUGGAUUCAGGACUUGGACAGGAUGGCUCAGGGGAGGAGGGCCAAACCAUCAUCCAGAUAGACCCAGCGCCAGAUCCAGAAGGAGGAUCCAAAGUGAUGGAGCUUGGAGAUGGGAAAGUUCUGGGUGUUGGACAUCCUGAUGGAGUUCAUAAUGUGGAAAUAGUGGUGUUGGAGGAUGAUUAAACUGUGGAGUGUAAAGACCAUGUGAAAGGUUUACUGUAAGUCCUACUUGGUGUAGGGGAUCAUGACCUUUUAUGACCAUGAAUUGUUUAGAGUUUCAUACAAUAUUUCACGUUUCUCCUAUGUGGGAUGGACCUUUUUACCUGUACAUUUUACCCAGUUCUUGUGUUUUCUGUAAAUAACGUGUUAAAAAAAAAAAAUAGAAAUUUAAUGCUUUUGUUUCCCUUUUUAAGUAAAAUAAACCAUCACGGUUCAUGCUUUC